UUGUCGUUCUUUCUGAGAGAUUAAGAAUGAGAGGAUUUGGUUUUUGCCUUGGAGCAUGCCUGUCGAAAGGAUCUCUCUAACUAUUAAAUGAAGUGUUCACCAUGUAAUUAAAUUCGAAGGUACACAUCGAGCGUUGCUUAUUCACGCUUUGUAGCAACGACGAGUGUUGGUACCUGCAAUUGAGCAGGAACCUUCGUACCAUUACUCAUCUUCAACGGUUUCCAUAUUUACACUUCACUAUUAAAAGAACCAUACCUUUGGUAACGUGGAAGAACGAUACCUUUCUAUGCUGAUUUAUGGCCCUCCUCGGAUCUGUUAUGUUUAGAUAGCACGGGUAUUUUAUUAAUCACCAACUCUAAAACUUUGUUUUGUUUGCAGAAUCACAUAAAUGGAAUAUGUCCACUACAACCUACGCUUUUAGAUCCCGACUGGUGUUGGAUAUGGAUAUUCAUAUAUUGCGGGUGGAUUUCAAAGCGGUUUAGCAGGGUGAGCGAGAAGACCGGGCCAGCGGUGACGGCACCGCAGGAAAGGCCGCUCUUAACUGCAGUUCCACACACGUCCCACUUAAUCUUUCCCUUUUCCGCCUCACCCGUCGCCGUUGUCUAGGUAGAGCGGCUGGGAGGAGGGAACAUUUCCUUUGAACUUUCCUUUCUUAAGAUCCUUUCCUGUUGCGGCUGCAACUUUAGCCAACAGUGGAGAAGCGAAUGAGGAGAUGCUAAUUUGAUCGACCUUGACGGAUUAGUUAAUUAAUUUUGCUUCUGUUGCUGGCCGUCGGACACACAUGCUGGUUCCGUGGAAUUUUUCUAGCCGGGAGAGAAGGGUGGUGUUGUGAUGUACGCCAUGAGAGUUGGCGCGGGGUAGUGGCAGGACGGAUUUAUGUGCGUACUUUUGCGGAGUAGGGUGCGGGAGGUGUUUGGUUUUUUUCAUGUUCGGAAGUCGAGAUUCUCUCCCGCCCGCGGGUUUUUUUCUUCUACUUUCUCAUGAAGUAAGAGCGAAGGGAUGUGAGAUACAAUGGUGCCGUGAGACCGUUCUUGUUCGAUCUGUCAAGACGAACAUCGAACACUGAGCCUUAACAAGGGAGAGUGGGCAGGGGCUUGCUUGAAGCAUGCUUUAGUGUAUCAUUAAGCUUGAACUUCCUCUCGUAUUUUCUUUUGUAUUUGUAGGAUAAAAUCUGCUAAGAUAUUCCACAAUUUUCUUCGUUUUCAUCUGCCUGUGCAGCGAUUAUUGGACUGUUGAAACUUGGAGAUAAUAUUCUAGUUUAGAUCUUGAAAACUGACUGGAGGUUUUUGCUGCUCGUUCUUUAUGACUUUAGUUUUCUCUCGUGUGUUCCGACUCGGCUUCACUUUUCCUGUUCGAGUUCCAAGUCUUCGGACUUGACCAGGUUCACACCUGAUGAGCCCAGAACAGGCAUUUUGCAUAACAUUUUGAUAAUGCAUAUCAAAUCCUUCAGUACAGACUCAGGCUUAUAUUAGGAAUGCCAUUAUUCCUAUGCAGCGAUUAAAGUCGCUCGAAGACUCUUCUAAGAUGACCGCACCUCCGAAGAUUUCUACAUCAGGGGAGAGAUCAAUUGUUACGGGAGGAGUUGGACCAUCGUCAUCUGAACCGUUACCUGGUACAAACACCGCCUGCGCUGCAUGCAAGUACCAGCGUCGCAAGUGUGCCACGGAUUGUCCCUUGGCUCCCUACUUUCCCCCAGAUCAGCCGAAGAGAUUUCUCAAUGUGCACAGGCUGUUUGGUGUUAGCAGUAUUUUGCGAAUACUGCGUCAGGUAGAUCCAGACAAGCGUGAAGAUACCGUUAAAUCAAUUGUGUAUGAGGCGGAUACUCGAGAGAAAGAUCCAGUACAUGGAUGUUUAGGAGUUAUCCACUUGUUACAGAACCAGGUCAAUAAGCUCAAGGAUGAGCUCGUUGUGGCGAGGGAGCAGUUGUUUCUAUUGGAACAGCAACACUCUACCUCCAUUUUACAGCAGAACUACGGACACUCGCAUGGGGGAGGCCAACAAAAUUAUCAUUACCACCAUACGCAACCGCAGUAUCAUGCGAGUACAACACACCAGAGUGGGAAUUUCCACGAUCCUGCUCCUGUACAGAUAAUGACUUACCAGGACAGUAGGGCAUCACAUGCAGCAUAUCACGAUCAUGCGAGAUAUCUGGCUGUUUCAGACUCAGCUCUGCAUGACAUGCUAGGCCAACAAAUAACAAAGAUGGAGUCAACUGAUCCAUACAGCAGUAGUUUGAGCAGUAUGAGGUAUGGUUCUGAUUCAGGUCCGGGAUCACUUCAUGUUCAUGAGCACCAACAAAAUCAGCAAAAUCUGGGAGAACAGCAGCAUCAAGGAGGAGGAUCUAGUUACACAGUUGCAGGUGAUCUCGAAAGGCGUAUAUUUUACAAUCCUCUUGUUGACACCCAUGCAGGCCGUCAUGUCGAUCCUCUCAGGUCUGUGGCAGCCAUGCAGGGCUUGGACACCUUGAACCCACAUCAGGUGUCCGAUCAUGAACUUCGGAAUGCUGGGGUGCAUUUGUCCCUCACAAAUCAGUACUCCAUUUAGAGGAUCCACUCAUUCAUUUUAUUUAGCAUUUAAUUCAGUUGAUGAUAAGUUUGGUCUGUAGAAAUAACUCAAACUGGUAGAUGAAAAUUAAUGUUGAAACUCAGCGACGGUGUUAUCAAAACUUUGGCAUGAAGAAACUUUCUAAAUUUGACACAAGUAUUUUAAUAUUUGACCGGCAUGAGAUUCUUUCCAAGUUUGUGUACUUCUUGAUUAACUAGGAUUCACCGUUUCAAUUCCCAUUUUAGUUCGUGGUGCCGUAUCAAUACCACGUAGACCACAUCGAGAAAACGGUGGCUCAGAGGAUUCAACUUGUGAGUGGACUUUAUUAAUGCAUUACAACUAGUCAGACCAUCUGUUUCGCCUGACGAGCUUGGGAUGUAUGAGGACUGGAAUCGGCAAUUUAGUAGUCUAGCACUUUAGUCAGGGUAUCUGUUGGUCAAGCCCUUGUAGCCUGCUGCAAUGGAUUUGUAAGAAUGUUUCUUUGAUCACGUGUAACAAAGUUGGAUAAGCGGCAAUUUUCGGCAAGUGUCGACAUGCAAAGUAGCAAUGUCGGCAUGAUUGAGUGAA